UGCUCUGCUUCACGGCGGUGCCUGCAGGAGCGACGCACAAAAGCGCCGACCGCAGAAGAGCCGGGCGCGCCGCAGACGGGGGUCCGGCGACCCCCGAGAUGCACAAACCCGGUUACCCAGCAGCAGCCGAGGCGAGGGACGGCAAAGGACAGGCGCCCGGGGGACAGCGGGAAAGCCCGGGCGGCCUUGGGGCGGCGGAGGGCCCACGCCGCUGCACGGGGUUGGCUACCAAAUGGCUCUCUUGAAUAGACGAGUUGGUUUAUCCUUAACCCAUCUAAGCAGUGCUGUGAUCCAACGACAGUUCAGCAUCACCGGAGCGUGCCAAGCGAUACAGAAACUCACCCGCGUGCGAGUGGUGGACAACAGCGCCUUGGGGAACACGCCCUACCACCGGCCACCAAAAUGUAUCCACGUGUAUAACAAGACUGGAGUUGGCAAAGUUGGAGAUAAGAUCCUUCUGGCUAUCAAAGGAGAAAAGAAGAAGGCUUUAAUUGUAGGGCACAAGAUGCCGGGCCCCACCAUGACGCCUAGAUUUGAUUCCAACAAUGUGGUUCUCAUAGAAGAUAAUGGGAACCCAAUAGGCACUAGAAUAAGAACACCAAUACCCUAUACACUGAGAAGAAGAGAAGGCGAGUUCUCCAAAGUAUUGGCCAUUGCCCGCAACUUUGUAUGAAUGCUGAGAGGUCUUCAGCAACCCUUCUAUAUCUUUUCAUGCAGUAGCUGUUCCUUGGUCCUUUUCCAGAAGCCGGUGAAACAUGAAAAAGCUGAUGUUCAUCAAGAAUUUCUCCUCCCAUUUAAGAAUUUCAAGCAACUAAUUUAAAUAUUGAAAUAUUUUCUUUUUCUCCAAAAGAAGGUUGAUUUAUUUCACAGAACACCUGCAGUAUGUUUGGGAAACAGUCCUUCACCCUUAUUCCUCCUGUGGUGUUAAUCUGGUCUGUUAUCAUUAAAAUGAGACCGUGAAAAUC